AUGGGCGCCGCGGCCCUGCGCGCCCUGCCCUGGGCGCUGCUGCUGCUGGGGCCGCUGCUGCCCGGGCAGGUCCUGCAGGCCAACCCCAUGCUCACCUCCGAGGGCCAGCCCGCGCCGCUGCCCGGCGGCGCCGUGCCCGGCUUCACGGCCGCGCCGCCCGCCGCCCCCGAGGAGAUCCACCCGCUCAAGGAGCAGCCGGCCAACGGCUCGGCAGAGGGGCACGCCAAGCACCGCAAAGCCUUCCCGGUCAUCGGCAUCGACUACACGCACGUCCGCAUCCCCUUCGAGAUCUCCCUAUGGAUCCUCCUGGCCUGCCUGAUGAAGCUGGGCUUCCACGUGAUCCCCUCAGUGUCCAGCAUCGUUCCCGAGAGCUGCCUGCUCAUCGUGGUGGGCCUUCUGGUCGGGGGGCUCAUCAAGGGGGUGGGUGAGAAGCCCCCCAUCCUCAAGUCGGACAUCUUCUUCCUCUUCCUGCUGCCCCCCAUCAUCCUGGACGCCGGCUACUUCCUGCCCCUGCGCCCCUUCACCGAGAACCUGGGCACCAUCCUCAUCUUCGCCGUGGUGGGCACGCUCUGGAACGCCUUUUUCCUGGGGGGGCUGAUGUACGCCGUGUGCCAGCUGGGCGGGCCGGGCCUCAACCACAUCGGCCUGCUGGCCAACCUGCUCUUCGGCAGCAUCAUCUCGGCCGUGGACCCCGUGGCCGUGCUGGCUGUCUUCGAGGAGAUCCACAUCAACGAGCUGCUGCACAUCCUGGUCUUCGGGGAGUCCCUGCUCAAUGACGCCGUCACCGUCGUCCUCUACCACCUCUUUGAGGAGUUUGCCAGCUUCGAGCAGGUGACCAUCCUGGACAUCAUCCUCGGCUUCCUCAGCUUCUUCGUGGUGUCUCUGGGCGGGGUCCUGGUGGGCGUCAUUUACGGGGUGAUCGCCGCCUUCACGUCCCGCUUCACCUCACACAUCCGCGUCAUCGAGCCCCUCUUCGUGUUCCUCUACAGCUACAUGGCCUACCUGUCUGCUGAGCUCUUCCACCUGUCCGGCAUCAUGGCGCUCAUCGCUGCUGGUGUGGUCAUGCGGCCCUAUGUGGAAGCCAACAUCUCCCACAAGUCCCACACCACCAUCAAGUAUUUCCUCAAGAUGUGGAGCAGUGUGAGCGAGACCCUCAUCUUCAUCUUCCUGGGUGUCUCCACCGUGGCUGGUCACCACUACUGGAACUGGACCUUCGUCAUCAGCACGCUCUUCUUCUGCCUCAUCGCCAGGGUGUUGGGUGUCCUGGUGCUCACCUGGUUCAUCAACAAGUUCCGGAUCGUGAAGCUGACGCCGAAGGACCAGUUCAUCAUCGCCUACGGGGGCCUGCGGGGAGCCAUCGCCUUCUCGCUGGGCUACCUGCUGGACUACAAGCACUUCGGCAUGAGGGACAUGUUCCUCACUGCCAUCAUCACCGUCAUCUUCUUCACCGUCUUCGUGCAGGGCAUGACCAUCCGGCCCCUGGUGGAUCUGCUGGCUGUGAAGAAGAAGCAGGAGACGAAGCGCUCCAUCAACGAGGAGAUCCACACGCAGUUCUUGGAUCACCUUCUGACAGGGAUCGAGGAUAUCUGUGGUCACUACGGGCAUCACCACUGGAAGGACAAGCUGAACCGCUUCAACAAGAAGUACGUGAAGAAGUGCCUGAUCGCGGGGGAGCGCUCCAAGGAGCCCCAGCUCAUCGCCUUCUACCACAAGAUGGAGAUGAAGCAGGCCAUCGAGCUGGUGGAGAGCGGCGGCAUCGGCAAGAUCCCCUCUGCCGUCUCCACCGUCUCCAUCCAGAACAUCAACCCCCAGACCCUCCCUCUGGAGCGCGUCCUGCCAGCCCUGUCCAAGGACAAGGAGGAGGAGAUCCGGAAAAUCCUCCGCACAAACCUGCAGAAAACCCGGCAGAGGCUGCGAUCCUACAACCGGCACACGCUGGUGGCUGACCCCUACGAGGAAGCCUGGAACCAGAUGCUCCUGAGGAGGCAGAAGGCCCGGCAGCUGGAGCAGAAGAUGAACAACUACCUGACGGUGCCGGCACACAAGGUGGACUCGCCCACCAUGUCCCGGGCUCGCAUCGGCUCAGACCCGCUGGCCUACGAGCCCAAGGAGGACUCGGAGAACCUGCCCAUCAUCACCAUCGACCCAGCCUCGCCGCAGUCCCCCGAGUCCGUGGACCUGAUGAGCGAGGAGCCCAAGGGCUGCAGUGGCCUCCCGCCCUCGCCCGAGGAGGAUGAGGAGGGGCUGGUGAUGCGGGUGAAGGAGCCUUCCUCCCCGGGGACUGACGACGUCUUCACCCCGGGCAACGGGGACAGCCCCAGCAACCAGCGGAUGCUGCGGUGCCUGAGCGACCCCGGCCCGCGGCCCGAGCCCGAGGAGGGGGAGCCCUUCAUCCCCAAGGGCCAGUAGCUGCUGGCACAAAGCCUCCAAAUCGUUUC